UAACUUUUACCCGACCCAAAAUAUUUGUAGUAGCAAAACUUAUCGGAUUCCGCGGCUUUAGAGGAAAAACGCGAAGAAUAGAGGCGAGUGGUAGGUUUUAUUCUUUUUGUGCCGUUACUUAGCCCAAGCCAGCCGGACUGGAAACAGCGAAACUGCCGUUAGGGUUUCUGCUUUUGAAACACGCAAACAUGGCGUCGUUCGGCUCCCUCAAAUCUGCAAUAUUCGAUAGAGAAGAGAAGAAACGGCAGUACCAAGCUCACAUUCGCGGCCUCAACGCCUACGAUCGCCACAAGAAAUUCUUGAACGAUUACGUUUGCUUCUAUGGAAAAGAAAAAUCUACAGACGUGAAGUUGCCGGUUAAAACUGAUCAUGAUACCCUGAGGGAGGGAUAUCGCUUCAUACGGUCAGAGGAAGAUGAUGUGAAUCCAUCCUGGGAACAGAGGCUGGUGAAGAGAUACUAUGAUAAGCUUUUUAAAGAAUAUUGCAUAGCUGACAUGUCACAAUGUAAGAGUGGUAAGAUUGGUUUGAGGUGGAGGACAGAGAAGGAAGUUAUAUCUGGUAAAGGACAGUUCAUAUGUGGUAAUAAGCACUGCAACAAGAAAGAUGAUUUAGCAAGCUAUGAGGUAAACUUUUCCUAUUUUGAGGCUGGAGAAAAUAAGCAAGCCCUUGUGAAGUUGGUAGUUUGUGAAAAAUGCGCUGAGAAGCUUCAUUACAAAAAACGGAAGGAGGAGGAACUAGAGAGAAAACAGAAAAAGGAGUACAAAAGGAAAAGGGAUCUGUCAAAAGAUGCAGAUGACACAGACGAGGGGAGUGAGAGGAGCAAAGUGAAGAGAAAAGGUAAAUGGGCUUCAUCUUCAGCUGUCAAUCAUGAAAGUGAUGAUGAUGAUGAAGACUUUGAUAAGUACCUUGAGGGCAUGUUUCCAUGAUAGUAGUUGACAUUCAGGUAAUGUGGCAGCGAGAUGCUGAAACUUGUAAAAUUCUCUAUGUUUUGCUACUGAGCCUGUAAGUUGUACUGAUCAAAAUGGUUAUAAUAAGCCUGUCUGAAGAAUGCUAAAUUGUCGGAACUAGCUUGUAUAUGCAACAAUUCUAAAGUAGGAAAGAUUGUUGUGUAUGAUACGUAUUUUGUCAGAUGAACUUUUACUGGGUGUGCAACAUGUUUGUUGGGGAAUGUAGAUGUUUCUGAGUGUCUUUAAAUUUAGAUGUAAACGCACUCUUGGUUUUCAUUAUGCGCAAAUGAAGAUGUUUGGUUUAGUUUGUUGCCUUAAUAAAAAAAAAAUUUAAAACAAAAGAGAAAAGUUCAACUACAGAAAUAUAUUUGAGAAUUUUUCAUGUCCUUAAACUUUAGUAACAGCUUAUUUUGGAUACGAUGAUUUAGGAUUUAGAGAAUGAGGUUAAUGAGCUUCUACUUUUAGUGUAAAAUUUGGGCCCAAGGUGAACGUGUUGAGCUACUAACGCUAUGUUUGGGUUGAGGGAAAGGGAAGGAAAGGGA